AUGUCAAAAUUCACGAUUAUUCUUUAUCUUGAUCAGACAGUUAAAGUGCCAUUUGAUAUUUCUUCCGAUGAUACCAUUUAUCAAGUGAAACAAAAAAUAGAAAAAUCAUACGAUAUUAAAAUCGAGAACCAAGAAUUAUAUCUUGGUGAUAAACAGCUUGAAGAUGACCAUACAGUAAAAAACUGUAACAUUGGUUUAGAAGAAAAGGUCAGACUUGUUCGAAAGGCUGAAGGUAGUAUACAAGUUUUCAUUAUGGAUAUUAAUCCGACUGAUAACCAAAAAUCAACUGCUAUCAUCCUCAAACCAUCCAGUACCGUACUUGAAUUGAAAAAUUUGUAUACUGAAAGAAAGUCGCUUCCUGUAGAAUACCAGAGAUUUAUAUAUCAAGGCAAGCAGUUAGAAGACAAUAGAACACUGACAUCUUAUGGUAUUGUACACGAGUCAAAUAUUCAUCUCGUUGCAAGAUUGAAAGGAGGUCUUUGA